AUGAAAUUGUUUUUAAUUGCAUUCUUAUUAUUUGCUGUAAAUGCUAUUGAAGAAGAUACCUUUGAAGUCAAUGAAAACAAUGACUUUGAAGAUUAUGAAUUAAAUGAAGACGUUGAUGAGUUAAAUGAAGAAGAUAAUGAAGAGGACGAGAUUAAUUUAGAUGAGGAAGAAGAAGAAGAUGAUGAUGAUACUGCUGAUGAGUAUGAACUAACAGAUGAUGAUGAUGAGGAUAGAAGAAGAAGAAGAAGACGUUACAGAAGAUAUAGACCAAAAAGAAGACAUCACCAUAGAAGACAUUUCAGAAUACAUCCAUGGAGAAGAUUUAGAAUAUGGAAGAAACAUCACCACAGAAGACAUCCAUGGAGAAAGCACCACCAUAGAAGACAUUCAUGGAAAAGAUAUAGACCAAGGAGAAAACAUCAUCAAAGGAGAUUGUCAUCUAAAGAGAGAAAGAAGGCACAAUUAAGAAGAAGAAUGUUAAAGAAGAAGAUGACUAAAAAGAAUAUAAUGAAAUUUUUCAAGAGAAAACAAUAUCAGUCUAAAAAAAUAUCUAAAAAACAAGUCAAAAAAGCAGCAAAAAUAUUAUUGAAAAAAUAUUCAAAAAUUUUAGCUCGUAAAAACAAUCAUAAAAGAACAUCUAGAAAACAAAUUGCACAAGCUAAAAAAAUGGUAAAAAAAAUUAAAACAAUUCUUUCUGGAAAAUAUGGAAAAACAUAUUCUGCUGGUAUUAUUUCAGCAGCAGCUAAAAAAAUAAGUAAAGUUAAAUUAGUUGCAUAUAAAAACAUUGAAAAUUGUUCAUGUGAUGUAUUAAAGGAAAAUAAAAAAAGAUUACAUCGUAUGAGAAAAGAGUAUAUUGAUAUGAAAGAAGAACUUGCUGUAUUAAAAGAAAGAAUUCAAAGUGAAAAAGAUAAAUUUAUGGACGCACAAUUAUUUGCUGAUUAUAAAAAAAGAAUUGCUAAACUUGAAAAUCAAAAUUCAUUAAUUUCUUUGUCCCAUAAAAAGUGUCAAACCCAAUUAAAACUUGCAAGUAAAAAAACUCAAAUUAUUCUCACUAAAAAAGCUCAAAAAGUUAUUACCAAAGCUAAAAAAGUUGCUAAAAAAGCUAUUUUAAAAGCUGGUACUAACAUUAAGGCUAUUAAAAAGGCUCAAAAAGUGUUAAAAAAAACUAUUGCUAAAGUUGUUUCAAAAAAACAAGCUAAAAAAUUGACUAAAAAAGUCGUCCAAAAAGUUCUUAAAAAGGAAAAAAUGCCAAAGAAAUUAUUAAACAAAAUUGUUAAAAAAGCAAUGAAAUCUCAAAAAGUAGUUCAAAAGUCUCAAAAAAAGACUAUUAAAAAAUGUCGUUUAAUUAUGAAACAUUUAAAUCAAAAAGUUCACACUAUUAAUGUAUGUGCUGUUAAAUCAGGUGCUAAGUGUGUUCAAGACCAAGCUUUAGUUAAUCGCUUGACUGAUAAAAUUUAUAACAAUUUAGUUAAUGGAACUAAAAACUAA